ACCAACAUACAUUGUUGCUGUGUUGCUGGAAGCACCCGACUCAACAACUGAGCAAUGUGUAUAGCUUUGUUUCUUUGGCAAUGCCACCCACUGUACCCUUUUCUACUUUUGAACAACAGGGAUGAAUAUCACAAUAGGCCUACGAAGCCUGCGUGUUGGUGGGAAGAUUGUGAUAUUUUGGGAGGAAGGGACGAAAUAGCAAUGGGAACAUGGUUGGCUUGUUCUACACAAGGAAGGGUGGCUUUUCUCACCAAUGUUUUGGAGCUUCAUACCCUCCCCGAGGCCAAAAGUCGUGGAGACCUACCCGUCCUAUUUCUCAAGAGCAGCAAGCAACCGAAAGAAUUUGCAGAAAGCCUGAAGUCAGAGGCUCAUUAUUACAACGGAUUCAACUUAAUCUUGGUGGAUAUUGAGUCGAAAUCAAUGGUGUACGUCUCCAACAGGCCCAAGGGACUACCUAUUACCAUUGAAGAGGUUGCACCAGGGCUGCAUGUACUUUCAAACGACAAGUUAGAUUCACCGUGGCACAAGUCUCUGCGGCUUGAAUUAAGUUUCAAAGAACACGUUGCGAAAUACGGGGAAGGUGAGAUUGGCGUGAAGGAGGUAAUUGAAAAGGUAAUGAAGGACAGAGUUAAAGCUGACAAAAGCUUACUACCUCGUAUAUGCUCACUUGACUGGGAAUUCAAUCUCAGCUCCAUUUUUGUUGAAGUAGAAACACCACUGGGUGUAUAUGGCACAAGGAGUAGUGCUGCAUUGAGCGUAAGAUCAAGUGGGGAAGCAAGUUUUUAUGAGGUUUAUCUGGAUGAUACCAAGUGGAAGGAACAUGUAAUCGAUUUCCAUAUUGGGAAGUUGAAGUAGAGAACAGUCACAGGGAUGAAUUGGCCUAGGCAAGAGUAAAAUAUGACACAAUUCUAGCUUUACUAUGCUCAAGUAGUGAACUCUAUCAUCAUUCAUGAAUGAGGAAGAAUCAAAAUCAAUUGAUCCAUUCUCUUCAUAUUUAUGUAAUUGAUGUUUGAUGCGAUAUGCCGUGAAUAAGCACUGGUAAUAGAGUGCAUGGAUGUAUGAGGAUUAUUAGCCAAUCAAAUAUAGUCAUUCAUAACA